AUGGCACCUAAUCGGAUCGUAGAGUUGUCAGAGACUAUCCAAAACCACACCAAGAUCGUAGACGACUAUCUCGAAGCAAACAAUCUUCCCACUCCCUCCUUUGAUAUCUCCACUCCGCUACGUCUUCCCCUCCCCCCGGACAUCCAAGUUAGCCAAGCUGCGGUCCUCGAUGCCGCUGACGAGUUGACGGCGCUGAUGCUAGGGCCCGCGGGCUCGCUGUUCAACUCCCUAACCAGCCUCCAAGCCAUCGAAAGAUUCGCCCUCGCCAAAUCCUUCCGGCCCGGCUCAACCGCCUCCUUCGCCCAAAUCGCGCACCACUCCUCCCUCCCCGAACCCGACACCCGCCGCAUCCUGCGCCACGCAAUCGCGCAGUACAUCUUCACGGAACCCUCCCCAGGCAUCGUCGCGCACACCGCCGCCUCCAAAGCGCUCGCCGAGCUCCCCCCGCUCGCGCACUGCGUCGCCUUCCUCGCGGGCGAGAUGUGGCCCGCGUCCACGCGGCUGGUCGAUGCGAUGCAGCGCUGGCCCGGGUCCGAGGAGCCGGGGCAGACGGGCUGGGCGCUGGCGGAAGGGACGGAGACGCCGAUGUUUGAGGUUGUGGGACGGGAGGGGGAGAGGGCGCGCCGCAUGGCGGGCGCGAUGCGGUGGAUGCAUCAGGGGAGCGGGUAUGGCGCGGGGCAUGUUGUGGAGGGGUUUGCCUGGGGCGAGGCCGCCGAAGGGGGCAUGCUGGUGGAUGUCGGGGGUGGGACGGGGGGUGUGGCGGUGGAGAUUGCGCGGAUGCUGCCGCGGGUGAGGUGUGUGGUGCAGGAUCUGCCGGAUGUUGUUGCGGGCGCGGAGGUACCUGAGGAUUUAGGGGAGGGCAGGGUGAGGUUUAUGCAGCAUGAUUUCUUCGAGGAGCAGCCGGUUAGGGGCGCGGAUGUGUAUUUGCUUAGGUGGGUGCUGCAUGAUUGGAGUGAUAAGUAUGCUGUGCGUAUCUUGCGGAAUUUGGUGCCCGCGCUGAAGAGGGGAGCGAGGGUACUGGCUGUGGAUUUGUGUCUUCCGCCGCCGGGGGCGCUGUCGCCGUAUAGGGAGCGGAGUGUGAGGACGUUCGACCUCGCUAUGAAAGCUAUCCAGAACGCUAAGGAGCGCGAUGCUGAGGACUGGAAGAUGUUGUUCCAGACCGCGGAUGAGAGGUUUAAGAUGGGCGAGAUUAGCAAGCCGGAGGGGAGUAACUUAAGCUUGAUUUGUGCGGUUUGGGAGGGGGACUGACGUGAGGUGGAUGGAUGGUUAGGAUGAGGUACAGUUGCGCGUCAAAAGUUCGGUUACACGUUAGCGCGACGCGUUCAUCACCACCCACCCAAAACUUCCACCCACCUACACAAUGCCGCCACGCCGUCAAUUUGGCCAGGAAAUAUCGGGAAAUAUAAUCCGGAGUCGUAGAUUAUCCCCAAACGAUCGUACACGAAUUAUCGCGAAGUCUGAAGCCGGCUGUAGUGCUCUAGAGUUGGCGGCGGAGUUUGGCGUUACCUGGAAGUGCAUAUACGACACACUUCGAAGAUGGAAAAAUCACCACACAACUCAGGAUUUGCCUUGCAGCGGACGUUCUCCACACUUUACGCCUCGCCAGAUUCGCCAGCUAUAUCGUCUUGCUCGAAAAUCGCCGAAAAUUGAGUACUAGAAGCUUAUCACCGACGCUGGGUUCACUAUACCUAAUAGCCGCCUAUCGAAGUCUACCGUAUAUCGAGCGCUCAAGAAACAAG